AUGGGUAAGGAGAAGCUUCACGUGAGUAUCGCAGUAAGCUGAGCGCUGGAAGCGAGUCCUUAUCUCUAUCUGCCAUCGAUGUGCGUACAUGCUGACUUCGUCUUCAUGUGGGUCCCUCGAACUGCUAGGUUAACGUCGUCGUCAUUGGCCGUAAGUAGCAAUUGAAAUUGGUGUCACAAGGCGAAACAACGUGCUGAAUGCGUUCGUCUCCUUCCACACUUUUCAGAUGUCGACUCCGGCAAGUCUACCACUACCGGUCACAUGAUCUACAAGUGCGGUGGUAUCGACAAGCGUACCAUCGAGAAGGUGAGCUUUGGGCCCUGUGACUAGCGUUUUCUUCCCAACCUCUGUGCUCAUUGUGAUCGCGACCCAUUUCACCCCUCAGUUCGAGAAGGAGGCUGCCGAGCUCGGCAAGGGCUCCUUCAAGUACGCCUGGGUGCUUGACAAGCUGAAGGCUGAGCGUGAGCGUGGUAUCACCAUCGACAUUGCUCUCUGGAAGUUCGAGACUCCCAAGUACAUGGUCACCGUCAUUGACGCCCCUGGUCACCGUGACUUCAUCAAGAGUGAGUCGGAACGUUCUCUGAGCUGUUUGCUGAACUUCGACACUGACUCGAGACCCGCCUUGUACACUCCCAGACAUGAUCACGGGUACUUCUCAGGCUGAUUGCGCCAUUCUGAUCAUUGCUGGUGGUACCGGAGAGUUCGAGGCUGGUAUCUCAAAGGAUGGCCAGACUCGUGAGCACGCUCUGCUCUCCUUCACCCUCGGUGUGCGUCAACUCAUUGUCGCCGUCAACAAGAUGGACACCACCAAGUACUCCGAGGACCGUUUCAACGAAAUCAUCAAGGAGACUUCCACCUUCAUCAAGAAGGUCGGCUACAACCCCAAGUCUGUUGCCUUCGUUCCCAUCUCUGGAUGGCACGGUGACAACAUGAUUGAGCCCACUACCAACAUGCCCUGGUACAAGGGAUGGGAGAAGGAGACCAAGGCCGGCAAGUCCACCGGAAAGACCCUCCUCGACGCCAUCGAUGCUAUCGAGCCCCCUUCUCGUCCCACCGACAAGCCCCUGCGUCUCCCCCUGCAGGAUGUUUACAAGAUCGGUGGUAUCGGUACGGUGCCCGUCGGCCGUGUCGAGACUGGUGUCAUCAAGCCCGGUAUGGUUGUCAACUUCGCCCCCGCCAACGUCACCACUGAGGUCAAGUCCGUUGAGAUGCACCACGAGUCUUUGACCGAGGGUCUCCCCGGUGACAACGUUGGCUUCAACGUCAAGAACGUCUCCGUCAAGGACAUUCGUCGAGGAAACGUUUGCUCUGACUCCAAGAACAACCCCGCCCAGGAGGCUGCUUCUUUCAACGCCCAGGUCAUCGUCAUGAACCACCCUGGUCAAAUCGGUGCAGGUUACUCGCCCGUGCUCGACUGCCACACUGCCCACAUUGCGUGCAAGUUCGCCGAGCUCCUCGAGAAGAUCGACCGUCGUUCCGGAAAGUCCAUCGAGUCUGGCCCCAAGUUCAUCAAGUCUGGUGAUGCCGCCAUGGUCAAGAUGAUUCCCUCCAAGCCCAUGUGCGUCGAGGCUUUCAACGAGUUCCCUCCUCUUGGUCGUUUCGCCGUCCGUGACAUGCGUCAGACCGUCGCUGUCGGUGUCAUCAAGGCUGUCGAGGCUGCUGCUGCCAAGGGUGGUAAGACCACCAAGGCCGCUGAGAAGGCCUCCAAGAAGAAGUAA